UUCAUAUUUUUGUUAUAAAAAAUAAUUACAAAUAAAUCAAAUCGUAGUUUAGGAAAGUCGGAAGUUAACCCUUAUGUAUUAACAUAGAAUUCCAAUCCAAACUAAAUUAAAAGUCUGGAGCUAAUAGUAUCCUCUAAGGAUUCAACUCUUUAGAAUCCUUAUAUAUAUAGAUUACAGUAAACAUUAUCACUCAUCAGCAAAUUCUAGAGAGUGAAGUAUGUUUCUUUGAGAGUGAAAGAGAGAGUUUUGCAGAGAGAGAGAGAGAGUUUUCUUGGAGUGUAAUGAUGUGGAGGAGAGGGAAAAUACUGGGAAAGGGAGGUUCUGCAAUGGUGUAUCUGGCUGCAGUUGUUUCACCACCAAGAAGUAAUGAACUACUACCUUCUCUCAUGGCUGCCAAAUCUGCCCCUGUCAACAACUCCCAAUUGCUUUCCAUCGAAAGAGAGUUGUUCAGUCAGUUUGAAGGAUGUCCUCACAUUCUUCGCUGUUUUGGGGACGACGUUACGAUCGAAGACGGAGAGCAAUGGUACAACAUCUUGUUGGAGUAUGCCGCUGGUGGAAGUUUGGCUGAUCGCAUUCAGAGUUACGGCAGAGGACUACCCGAGACAGAGGUCAGACAAUACACAAACUCUGUACUUCUGGGUCUGAGUUACAUUCACAACAAGGGUUAUGUUCACUGUGAUAUCAAGCCUCAUAAUAUACUGCUUGUGGAUGAAAAGGAUGACUUGUCAAUCGAUUUGAAUGGAAAGAUGAAUAGGGUCCAAGAAAGAACUGCAAAGAUUGCUGACCUAGGGCUUGUAAAGAAGGCUGGAGAGAGGUUGACAGAAAAAGGAAGAAAGCUUGGAAUCAGAGGCACUGCACUGUAUAUGGCCCCGGAGUCCAUUCGCCAUGAAGAUUAUGAACCAGAAGCAGACAUAUGGGCAUUAGGGUGCACGAUUUUAGAGCUAUUGACUGGAAAAGAACCUUGGAAGUGCGACCGGAAUACAGAAAGAGUAACUAUCUUGUUUAAAAUAGCAAGUACACAAGAAAUACCUGAAAUUCCGAGUGGGUUCUCAGAAGAGGCGGAAGAUUUUCUGAAGAAGUGCUUGGUUAGGGAUCCGAAGUCACGGUGGACUGCCGAUAUGCUCCUAGGCCAUCCCUUUGUUUUGGCUGCAGAUGGCGUUUUCACCGGGAGUAUCAGAGAGGAAAGAAACAGAGUUGUUCAUCCAAAAACAGCAUAAGGUAUUCUUCAUUCAUCAUUCUUGAGUACAUUCAAUCUUCCCAAACCUUAUUUGCUCACGUCACAUUUAGCAUCAAAUGGAUAUGUACCUUAUAGUUGCAUGGCCACAAGACAUUCGGAUGAUAUUGUUUCUGAAGACUUCACGCUUGUAAAGUGCAGAAAAGAUUAGAGGAAGAUGCCAAAGAAGGGCUGUCUACAAGAAGUUUUUGACUGGAUGCCUUUGGAGCGGAAUGGGGUAUCAAGAGGAUUUCAGAGAUACCAAACUCCAACAUUGCCAUUGAGAUUUUCAAUUGAGGUUAAUGGAGCGCGAUUGUUGUUGCUUCAAGUCAUCUGUUCUGAGUAUGUCUCAAACUCGACCCGGAUAAUCCUAUGUAUAAAGAGGUUGUAGUGAGAGGGAGGGCUCAUUGUAUUCUCUACAUUCAUAGUGAAACUCCUCUGCCCUUUUUCGCCCGUGGACGUAGGCUUAUAGCCGAACCACGUAAAUCAUUGUGUGCCUGUGUGAUUGUUUUGUUUUAUAUUUUCUCAAUUUAGUUUCAUCAUAAAAUCACUAAGUAAUAUCUAAUUGAAGCAUAGGCUUUCAAACAAAAAUAAACCCUUACUUAUAAUCAAAUCAACCAAUUCCAAUUUCCCAAGUUCAAUACUUAGGAAAAUUAAAUCAUCCCUAACUCUCCACAAUGACCACAACAUAGCAAAAAAAUGGUUUUCUAACUAAUUCUUUCUAAAUUUGUGUAACUCUACCGCACAGGGCAUACCACUCACUAAUUAUUCAUAUGGGAAAAAGUCUCGUGUGUCCCUUUCUCACACAUUCCAAAAAUGGCAUGAUACUUUCUUUGCAAGAUGUCCUACAAUAUUACUUGUAAAAACUAAACUAUUUUAAUAAAACUCAACGAGCAUCUGGCAAUUAAUAAAAGAUUUGAGUGUGAACUCAAACAUAAUGAAAGCCAUGAUUCAAUCAAAUGAGGAAAAGCGGGGAGAAAGAAUAAUUUUAAAAGAUAUCCAUCACAACAUGCCCUUAAACUUAUUUCAUCACCACAGAUCAGAUAUAAUAAAAUGGAGUGAGUUUCCACCACCAAUGGAAAUUUGAAAUGAUCCAUUGGGAAUUUUUAGCAUUAGAAUGGACAACAAGGUGGUGCACUGUUGGGUGGAAUUGAAAUAAAAAACAAACGUAAAACAGAAUAUAAGUCGAAAAAUUUUCUAUAAAUUGUCUGCUCGAUCGGUAUUUUAUCACUUUCAAUAUUUUUAGUCCUGCAAUGAUAUUAUAAUGAUGAUGACAUCAUCGCCAUAUUAUUUGAAUAUCUAGUUUCUAGAAUUUGCAUUUUUUGUUCAUAACCUAGGCUUGGAGUUAAAAAGGAACUAAAUCCUACAUAUUGAAGCAUCCACAGUGAUUCAUCAUUGUCUAUAAAUUCCUCUAUUUCUAUGUUUUCUACUAUUAAUUGUUCACUCAAAGUAUUUCAAAUCUUGCUUGUACCAGUUAUGCUCUUAAUAUAGUGUACUAGGAUUCGGAUUAUGGAGAAGCUUGUUUCAAUAGAAAGGGCAUACUUAUGUAGGUCAAUAUCUUUGUCUCUGAUUGUGUCUUAUUCAAUAUUGAAAAGGCUACUUUUUCACUUCACUGCCCUUAGUAUCAUUUGUCGGUAACCUCAAUCUACAUGCUAUCAAGGCUAUGAAUAUUUAAUCCUUACUAGAAGGAGGGGGUGAAAAAUUAGGCUGUGUUUGGAUAGAUUUUCAAACUAUAAUUCCACCCCUACACAUGAAUAGGAUACUACAAGAUCAUUUCGGCACUGUGUUAAACGUCUAGAAGAUAUAGCUUCAAUACUUUUGAGGGUAGUACAUAUUAACUUGAAGAACUAGAAUAAGAUGAUCACAUAAUGACAAGUGAGAUAUAGAGACAAAUUUGCAAAGACAAUUGAAAAUUACACAAGAAGUUUCAUUACCCACUCCAAGAUAAUUAAACACCAAAAUGCACCAUAUAAUGAAGUUUUUCCAAAGUUGACAUACCACCAAUGAUCGAACACAGAACAAUGGAAGCCAUCUCCAGAUCAACAUGAUUGCAGGUACAAACAAGUUCAUCAAAGAGAGCACUUGGGAAUUUAAUGGCAGCUCUUUCAAUUACAUAUCCAAUUGACAGUACAACGCCAAGCGAGACAGUCACAUAUGCAUUACAUCAAACACCUUGUAUACGCACAGAACAGAACCCAAUAAAACAAACUAUACAAACAACAAUUCAAUGUUAAGAAAAGUCAUGGGGAAUUCUUUGCUCACACUUUGGAGGGUUGUUGAAGCAAAACUACUGUGUGAACCCAUGGAUUGGGGCUGCAUUAUCCGAGAAGAGUGAGUUUUAUUAGGAAUGAAUGAGGACCCAGAACUCUAAUGGGUAGUGGGGGUUGGAAGAAGUUUCAGUGGCUAUACAUGAGAUUUGAAUGGUCGAUCGAGAGAGAGAGAGAGAGAACUCCGGGGAAUCGCGGAGGCGCUGGCUAUAUAGACAUGCCAUUGGUUCCAAAGAAGAUGACACACUCUCUCCCUCUCUCUCUCUCUAGCCUCAAUGUUGAAACCAAAUUCGCGGGAAAUUCAAAAGUUGCGGUUAUACAGUUC